AGAAAGCAACGUCGUUACCGAACUACUUUCAACAGCUCUCAGCUUGAAGAGCUAGAGCGUGCUUUCCAAAGGACGCACUACCCCGAUGUCUUCUUCCGCGAGGAGCUGGCUUUAAAAAUUGGACUCACGGAGGCUCGCGUCCAGGUAUAAAAAUACUUUUCAGCGUAUUUGUGUAUGCUCAUAGACUGGAAAUGGUUGGAACGUUUCUGAUCACUUGUUCAAUUUAAAAUAAUGUUAGGAUUGGUUUUUUUUUUUUGUUGUUUUUUUAAAACACUUUUGGGAAGACCAGUGCAAAUGUAUCUGUAACACUGAUGAUCGUUUUCUUGACUUUAAGAAUCUAUCAUUACAUUUACGUUAACUUUAAAGAAAUGUUUUGUUGCAAAGUUUUAGAUAAUCUUGCUUCUAUGCAUCACGAUCCCAAAGUCACGUAUAAGUAUUUACAAAACUCCAGAUAUCCUUCUCAUUGUAGACCCAUCAUUCGUAGAUCUCCUUCUCAUUGUAGACCCAUCUUUGGUAGAUUUCCUUCUCAUUGUAGACCCAUCAUUCGUAGAUUUCCUUCUCAUUGUAGACCCAUCAUUCGUAGAUUUCCUUCUCAUUGUAGACCCAUCAUUCGUAGAUUUCCUUCUCAUUGUAGACCCAUCAUUCGUAGGUUUCCUUCUCAUUGUAGACCCAUCAUUCGUAGAUUUCCUUCUCAUUGUAGACCCAUCAUUCUUAGAUUCCUUCCAUGACAAGUGAGGAUAUUUUGACGGGCCUGCGUGUGCCCCAUAAGACACUCGUAAAGGCCUCGGUCCUUCCACUUAUUUAUUUUAGGUCUGGUUCCAAAACAGGCGUGCCAAGUGGAGAAAACAGCAGAAG